CCUGCUUGGCUUGUUCAAUGCGUCUUCGUCUACAAACCUCCAACACCGACGGUUCAAAGCUUCCCCAGCUCAAAGUCUGGUUCGCAUUCUCAGCUGCUGGUGAAGAAAUUCCACAAAAGUCCAUCACUGAUCUCAAAAAAUCAAUAUGCACUACCAUAAAAUCCUUUUCUAAUGCUAACAUUACCUUUCGUGAUAUUGCUUUGGGGUUAGAUGGCUUUGAGCUAUUGGAUGAGCUUCUUGCGGAAGAGGUUCUCAGAGAUGGAGACUUGCUUGUCAUUAAAACGAGGGAGGCAUACACUGUUCUGGGGAAAAAACGCAAAGCAGAAGAUGAUGGAUCGACAACUGCAGGGAAGCGGCACCGACCUCUGCAGUCAAAGACUCGACCUCGAGAUGUUUCAUCAGUUUCAUCUUCAUGUUCCUCUUCGGAAUCAGACUCUUCUAGCUCAGACUCAGACUCUACUACUACUGACGACUCUGACUCUAGUGCCGAUUCUUCUUCCUCCUCUGACUCAGACUCUUCGACCCACCCUUCGAAAAUAUCCUCUAAACCAAACCCACCAAAAUCAGCAAAUAUCGAACCUGCUCCUCCCGUACAACAGACUCAUGUACCUCCUGGCUUAGGCUCAAUCAAAACGCGCAAGCGCAACAUUAGACGGAGAUCAAAGAAAAAGCACGACGCUUUGAGCGGGCAAGGAGCUGAAGCAUCUACGCUCGUACCGUCGCCUCCGAAACGAAUAUCAGGUGUCAAUGUCGCUCCGCUUGGUUCCAGGGCAAAUAAAUCAGUGUCUGCUAGAGCGACAACAGCACAGCAGAGCGCAGACAACGUUCUAAUUCAUGACCCUCUCAAUCUUACAAUGUUCUCACUUGGAAACAAAAACAAGAAAAAAGGAUACAAAUACGCCCUUGCUCCGCCAACAAGUCAGAAGAAGGUUUUCAGUGUCCCCGAUUCUUCUGAUGUCCUCCAGGAAGUAGAAGGAGAGUCAGAUGUCCUGAAUGGGCCACUUCCUUCCUCUACCACUAUCUUUACUUCCGCCCCAGAAAAUCCAUUGGCUCGUCAGGCGCGUGUCAUUCCUCCUUCGGAACUUCAGUCUCUUGGCAAGCUACCGAAGAACAUGUUUGUUACGAGUGUGGAUGUAGAGGAAGAUUUGUGGAAUAACUCUUCCUCCAAGAAGAAAAAGAACAAAAAGCAGCAGCUCGAGCAUUGGGAAGAAGAUUAUACAGGUACGGUCAGAGAAAAACCGCGUGAUGAUGAAAUGCAAUCCACUUUGGAUUACGGUCUCGCGGAAGAACAUCUGUCAUACUCCAAUUCUGAAACCGUUCUUGCCGUGAACGAUCUUGACGCGGAGGAUUCCAAGUCCAUGCUGAUCUGGUCUGUGGUCGAACAAAACUUUGAAGCGUUCCCCCAAGUUUCCCUCGAUUCUCUUCAGAAUGGCAAACUGGUAGCUUGGAAGGCACUCGCUCUCAACCUAGAAACAUAUUCACCCGAAGUUUUACUUCACAUCGCCACUGUGACCGCUGUCUCCAACGACUCUUCAGGUGGAAACUCUUCGUUUUCAAUUCGCCGUCUGAUUCGUCCGGGCUGGGAGGAACUGGAUGUUGAAAAUAUCCAAGGGGAUUAUACAUGGGAAAAUGUGGAGCAGAUGGGAUGGAGGGCUGUAAAUGAAAUUCAACGUUUGUGAUGCCUACCUGUGUCGAGUAUGGAAGGCUUGCUCGAGAUCUUUGAACGAGGCCAACUCACAAUUGAUUGUUGAUUGGCUGGGACGCCAUCAUUCACUCGUUGCUGCGUUGUGGGUUGUCCUGUACUCAUAACCCUUCAUAACCUUGUCACUUGUAACUAUCAAUAUACACAUGUGAUAUACAGUUUGCGA